GAGAUCAUGGAGCGCUCCUCAGGAGAAGAUGGAGAGAUCAUGGAGCGCUCCUCAGGAGAAGAUGGAGAGAUCAUGGAGCGCUCCUCAGGAGAAGAUGGAGGGAUCAUGGAGCGCUCCUCAGGAGAAGAUGGAGGGAUCAUGGAGCGCUCCUCAGGAGAAGAUGGAGAGAUCAUGGAGCGCUCCUCAGGAGAAGACCUCCUUACUCCUAAUGUCCAUCCAGAUCCAUCCUAUAAUAAUCCACCUGAUCAUGGGGAACCUUCUCCUGACCAACCCCACAUUCUUACCACAAGGACAGAGGAGAGAGGGGGGGAAUGGAUUCAAUGUGAUGAAUGUGGGAAAGAGUUUAAAAGAAGAUCAAAUCUAAUUACACACAGAAGAAUUCACACAGGAGAGAAGCCAUAUUCAUGUUCAGAAUGUGGGAAAUGUUUUAAAGAUAAAUUAUCUCUUGUUAGACAUGAAAGAAGGCACACAGGAGAAAAUACAUAUUCAUGUUCAGAAUGUGGUAAAAGCUUUAGAGAUAAAUCAUAUCUCGUUGAACAUGAGAGAAGUCACACAGGAGAAAAGCCCUAUUCAUGUUCAGAAUGUGGAAAAUGUUUUACUUUUAAAUCAUAUCUUGUUAUACAUGAGAGAAUUCACACAGGAGAGAAGCCAUAUCCAUGUUCAGAAUGUGAGAAAUGUUUUGUACAUAAAUCAGAUCUAGUUAUACAUGAGAGAAUUCACACAGGAGAGAAGCCAUAUUCAUGUUCAGAAUGUGGAAAAUGUUUCAUACGGAAAUCAAGGCUUGUUACACAUGAGAAAAGUCACACAGGAGAAAAGCCGUAUUCAUGUUCAGAAUGUGGUAAAUGUUUUAUAGAAAAAUUAUCUUUGGUUUUACAUGAGAGAAGUCACACAGAAGAGAAGCCAUAUUCAUGCUCAGAAUGUGGGAAAUGUUUUGCACAUAAAUCAAAUGUUGCCAGACAUAAGCAAAGUCACACAGGAGAAAAGCCGUAUUCAUGUUCAGAAUGUGGUAAAUGUUUUAUGGAUAAAUCAUCUUUGGUUAUACAUGAGAGAAGUCACACAGGAGAGAAGCCAUAUUCAUGUUCAGAAUGUGGAAAAAGAUUUUCAAAUAAACCACAGCUUGUAAAACAUAAAAAAAUUCACACAGGGGAGAAGCCAUAUUCAUGCUUAGAAUGUGGGAAAUGUUUUACAUUUAAAUCAGGUCUUGAGAGACAUGAGAGAAUUCACACAGGAGAGAAGCCCUAUUCAUGUUCAGAAUGUGGGAAGUGUUUUGGAAGUAAAGCACAUCUUGUUAAACAUGAGAAAAUUCACAGAGGAGAGAAGCCCUAUUCAUGUUCAGAAUGUGGAAAAUGUUUUACAAGUAAAUCAUAUCUUGUUAUACAUGAAAGGAUUCACACAGGAGAGAAGCCAUAUUCAUGUCCAGAUUGUAAAAAAAGCUUUGUAGAUAAACAGCAGCUUGUAACACAUGAGAGAAUUCACACAGGAGAGAAGCCAUAUUCAUGCUCAGAAUGUGAGAAAUGUUUUACAUGUAGAACAGGUCUUAUUGAACAUAGGAGAACUCACACAGGAGAGAAGCCGUAUUCAUGUUCAGAAUGUGGGAAGUUUUUUAGAUCUAGAUCAACUCUUCUUAAACAUGAGAAAAUCCACACAGGAGAGAAACCAUAUUCUUGUUCAGAAUGUGGAAAAUGUUUUACAAGUAAAUCAGAUCUUUUUAUACAUGAGAUAAUUCACACAGGAGAAAAGCCAUAUCCAUGUUCAGAAUGUGGAAAAAAAUUCACAAAUAAAUCAAAUCUUCGUAGACAUGGGAGAAGUCACACAGGAGAGAAGCCAUAUUCAUGUUCAGAAUGUGAGAAACGCUUUAUACAAAAAUCUGAUCUUAUUAAACAUGAGGAAAUUCACACAAGAGAGAAGUCAUAUUCAUGCUCAGAAUGUGGGAAAUUUUUUAAAUAUAAAUCAGCAUUUGUUAAACAUGAGAGAAGUCACACAGGAGAGAAGCCAUAUUCAUGUUCAGAAUGUGGAAAAUGUUUUACAUAUAGAUCACGUCUUAUUACACAUAAGAGAAUUCACACAGGAGAGAAGUCUCGCCAGUCAAACCCCCCAGUGAGUUGAUGAAGGUGAGAGGAUUCUAAGGUACAAUGAAUGUGAAGAAAACCCAAAUAAUAUCACCGUCCAAUGAGCAGAAUAUAAACAUCUCCAAACUUCAGCCCUGACCGUCCCUGAUAGAAAUGUCAUGUGACCCAAGUCCUAUAGAACAGUGUUCAUGGCUUUGUUCCUAUCAGGGAGGUUACUGGAUAUCUAUACACACGCCUCUUAUUGGUGAAUGUGGGAAAUCUCUGAGCUCACACACAUUGUUCUUCUUCCAUAAUUCUCUCUUCCUCCUCAUAUUGUUGCUUCUUCCUAAUGUCAUGUGAUCACACUGGACCCCCCCCCCCCCCCCGCCAUUUAUUUCUCCAAGGUUAUUUGUUACUUCUUAUCUUAUAUUUUCCUUUUUUUCUGUAAAAGUAAAUGGCACAGCA